AUGGCUUCAGAAAUUAAUCCCAAGUCAGAAGCCUACGAUGGCGGAUCCCCACGAUAUGACGAGAAGCACGGCACCACGGAGCCUAUCGAGGCACCCAAGAAAUCAUGGGCUCUGCGUAAUGGUCUCACCCCCGAGUCUUUCAAGCCCCACGAGGAUCAUGGCAAGGGCACCGUUGAGCUUGCGCGGGACAUGAAGCCUCGUCAUCUUAACAUGAUUGCGAUUGGUGGCAGUAUUGGUGCGGGUUUCUUCGUUGGUAGUGGUGCUGCGCUACAGACUGGUGGACCUGGAUCACUGACCAUUGGUUUCUUGAUCAUGGGUGUCAUGAUUUUCAAUGUCGUCUACGCGCUUGGUGAACUCGCUGUCAUGUACCCCGUUUCCGGUGGUUUCUAUACCUAUGCCAAUCGUUUCGUGGAUCCCUCUUGGGGUUUCGCCAUGGGUUGGAAUUAUGUCAUGCAAUGGGCUUUUGUUCUUCCUCUCGAGUUGACGGUUUGUGGUACUGUCAUCCAGUACUGGGCACCAGAUACCAGUGUGGCUAUCUGGGUCAGCGUCUUCCUUGCCGUUAUCAUUCUCGUGAAUAUCUUCGGAACUCUUGGAUAUGCAGAGGAAGAAUUCUGGGCAGCCCUGCUCAAACUCUCCGCCACCGUUAUCUUCAUGAUCAUCGCUGUUGUGCUUGUUUGUGGAGGUGGUCCAUCCGAUGGUCUCUACAACGAGUACUGGGGCGCCCGUCUUUGGCAUAACCCUGGCGCUUUUCAACAUGGUUUCCGUGGUUUCUGCGGUGUCUUCGUCACGGCUGCUUUCUCCUUCAGUGGAACCGAACUUGUCGGUCUGGCCGCCGCCGAAGCUCAGAACCCCGCUAAAGCCCUUCCCGGUGCCAUCAAGCAAGUCUUUUGGCGAAUCACCCUCUUCUACGUCGUCGGUCUCCUUCUUGUUGGAUUUUUGGUCAGCUCUACCGAUGAAAGACUGCUUAACUCUGGAAACAACGACCCAAGCGCAUCUCCCUUUGUUAUCGCCGCUUCUAACGCUAAACUUCACGGCUUCGACUCCUUCAUGAACGUCAUUAUCCUGGUUUCCGUCCUGUCUAUUGGUGUAUCUUGUGUCUAUGGUGGUAGCCGAACGCUAGUUGCCUUGUCGCAGCAGGGAUACGCUCCCAAGUUCUUUUCCUUCAUCGAUAAGUCGGGCCGACCUCUUCCCGCGGUUGUAUCUAUCAUCGCAAUUGGUGCCCUUGGAUACAUUAGUGUCAACGGCGAGGGAAACACUGUUUUCGUCUGGUUGCAGGCUCUGUCCGGUCUGGCUGCCUUGUUCACUUGGGGCUCCAUUUGCCUUUGCCAUAUCCGUUUCCGACAAGCCUGGAAAUACCACGGCCACACUCUCGACGAAAUCCCCUUCAAGCACGUUUUUGGUGUUUAUGGAUCUUGGGUCGGACUUAUCCUCAUUGUCAUCGUUCUCAUUGCACAAUUCUACACCGCCAUGACCAACAUCGAUGGAUCUCUUGGUACUGCUGAGGGCUUCUUCCAGUCCUACCUGGCCAUGCCUGUUGUGAUUCUGUUCUACAUCAUCGGAUACAUCUGGAAGAGAGAGGGUUGGAGGAAGGUCAGUGAGAUCGAUCUGGAUACUGGUCGUCGUGAGCAUGAUUGGGAUACCAUCAAUGCUUACCGUGAGAAGCUUGCCAACGGUCCUGCCUGGAAGCGUGUCAUGCAUCACCUGUUCUAA